AGGAAGGUUACGGACAUCUGGCCAAAAUAAGGGACAUCUGGCGGAAUUUCCGGUGGCAACGGAGCAAUCCCGGAAAUGAAAUGUGUCGAUAUAGAACGGAGUGAAUAUGACCAACUGUCUCAAGAGUGACAGCCUGAUGUCAUCAAGGGGCAGUGCAAAGCAGCUUCUUUAUUGUAUUACAAAUCCCUGGGGACUAGAACAGCAUCCACUAAGUCUCCUAUUCAGUGCCUUCCUCAUUAUCACAAAUCUCAACCAGUUAUCCUUUAGCUCAGCAUCCAGUUACUGAGAUUCCUCUCUCUCCCCCCUUCGCUUGGGGAGGAAUUAAGAAUACAAUCAAUCACUGGUUGAAAUCAGACUCCACACUACGCAUCAGAGCACAUGAUCACAGAGAAACCACACAAUUCUGAAUUUGUAUUAAUAUGGCUGUUUCGUAUAAUUGCAAAAAAAAUGCACUACAGAAAUAAUUGUGUAAAUCGAGGACAAUGGUAGUUAGAGUUGCUCUUAUCCAACCACUCAGUGCAUGACAGUGAGGCCUCAGUUCACUAACGGCCAAUGUUGGGAAUGAGCCAAGAGUCAGUGUAACAGAUGUUCUGAGGGCAGCGCUGAAUGACCGCUAACGGAAGCUAAUGGCAAACAAGUAAGAAAAUGACUCAUUGCGCCCAUACUGUCUCCACUUGACGAAGAAUAUAGAUUAGCAGAUUAUACAAAUUAAGCAGGGUGGAAUACUUUAUACAUAUUGACAAAAAUAACACGGUAGGUAGGCAACCUCCCCCCCACAUGGUACUGAAAUCAUAUUUUUCUUAACAUAACGCAGUCAAUAGUACAAGAUCAGCACAACGUGAUCAUUCAAAUACACGCCACAAUAUUUUGACUCGGGAUAUGAAAAAAAUACAUCAUAUCUAAGAACUGCUGCCAGGGUUUAACCUAAUUCAGACACACAUCAUAAACAGGGAAUAAAACACAUACUGUUUAUGUUGUGGGCUCACAGGGAGAACGCACACAUACACGCAGAUAAUGUGCCCAUCUGUCACCACAAAAACACAUUUUAAUCUCUCUUUUACCCAAACAGUUUGGGAGAUUUGAAGUCUGCAGACAGCCCUCGCCUUUGAUGAAACCACGGGAUAAUGGAAGCGCUCCGCAGGAGCAGAGUUGCGAUCCAACCAAAUUGAGGCUGCAGAGGAGGGAGACCUCAUCACAUGGUGACAGGAAGCACGUCAAGGCCCCGUCUGAGAAAACGUUGACAGCCAUCACUUGGAAGAUAACAAAUGACAGGGAGGGAACCAAAAGCAUAUGCGGCAGAAUGCAAAUGUCACCUGGUGUUUUUACUGUGCAGACUGGAAACACACAGAAAGAUGAAGCAGAGAAGAGGGAAGUUGGUGGAGGGCGACCCUUUAGUAAAGGACACAGGCGGUCCAGUAACUCUCUGGAAAGCCUCUACAGCCUCUACAGUGGACAAAGCUCCUCAAGUGGAGUCACCAGUGGGUCAGGCUGCUCCAGUAACAGAAACAGUCUCAGGCUAGAGGACGAUCUAUUGUCAAGAAGACAGUUCUGUGGCAGAGCUAAAGUCCAUACAGACUUUGUGCCAAGUCCAUACGACACAGAAUCCCUCAAACUCAAGGUGGGAGAUGUGAUUGACAUAAUCGCCAAGCCCCCCAUGGGAAUAUGGACAGGCAUGCUUAACGGCAGAAUGGGAAAUUUCAAGUUCAUUUAUGUGGAUGUGCUAACAGAGAAGAGUCCUGACACACCCAAGGAGACACAAACCCACAGAGUGAGACACAAAUCAACUGUCCAGGAAGUUUUAAAGCGCCUCAGUUUGGAGGAGCAUUUCUCGUCCUUACAGCUGAACGGCUACCAAACAGUAGAUGACUUGAUGAGGCUGAGGGAGCACCACCUGACGGAGCUGAAUGUGACUGAUCCAGAGCACAGGCAUCGUCUGCUCGACGCUGUCGACUCCCUGCAGCAAAUGCGCUCUGAUCGUCAGUUGGAGAAUGAGGCCAAUCAGGAGGCCGAGACCCCCAGCGAGAACACAAAGGCAGAUAUGAACAACUGCCCGAGAGACUCCGGCUGCCACAUGCCAUCUGACAGCCCCGACAACAGCGCAGAGGACACAGACCUUCACUUUCUCUCAGAAUACCCUCUACCGGCCCAGACGACAGCUUCAUGAGAAUGUCUUUAUAAUCUGUUGUAUUCUUUAUGCUGCUGUUGAGAGGACUUGCGAAUAAAAAAAACGUUUUUUAUUUCUUGCAA